CCCACACACGCACCCACUUAUAUAUUCGUCUCUCUGUAUCUCUUUGUUGUUCUCUCUUCUUCUCUAGGGGCAGCUCCCACUGAACUCGAACCCCCACCCCCCUGAACCCUAGCUCCACCCACCCCUUGUUUCCUCCUUAUCGGUGGUUGCAAUGUCGACUCCAGCUAGAAAGAGGUUGAUGAGGGAUUUCAAGAGGUUGCAGCAGGACCCUCCUGCUGGUAUUAGUGGUGCACCUCAAGACAACAACAUUAUGCUUUGGAAUGCCGUGAUAUUUGGUCCUGAUGACACUCCUUGGGAUGGUGGUACGUUCAAGUUGACUCUUCAAUUCUCUGAGGAUUACCCCAAUAAGCCACCAACAGUGCGGUUUGUUUCUCGCAUGUUCCAUCCUAAUAUUUAUGCAGAUGGAAGUAUAUGUUUGGAUAUUCUUCAAAAUCAAUGGAGUCCAAUAUAUGAUGUUGCAGCUAUACUUACAUCCAUUCAGUCAUUGUUGUGUGAUCCAAACCCCAAUUCACCUGCAAAUUCUGAAGCAGCUCGGAUGUUCAGUGAGAAUAAAAGGGAUUACAACCGCAGAGUUAGAGAAAUUGUGGAGCAGAGCUGGACGGCAGACUAAUUAUAUGGAAGAAAGACGUCAUUGCCGACCUCAAAUCCGGAGCACCAUGGCUCAUCUAUGUUACAUUUACGGAUUGAAACCUCUUUGAAAUUUGAUUUUAUGAUGGAACACAUUUGUUUUGGUCCUAGUAUUCUGUCUUGGUGCUAUUUGCCUAAUUGUCAUUUGCUACAUUGCUUUGACAAGCUCCUGUAAUAUAUGGAUGUGCGUUUUGGUUUAGAAAUGCAAGGAACUUCCCAUACCGCAAGGGAAUUGGUUUUCAUA